AUACGGGUGAUUCUGUACUUUCAUCAGAGCGGUUGAGCUGAGGGUCAUCUUCCUUGACUUUUUGGGAUUAAGCAUGGCUUUCGACGUUAGCAGAGAAACUAGUUGGAAGUGGUUCGCAGCUCUCAUUUUGUUGAGUUAUUUAUGCCCAUGUCCACACUGUUAUGCUUUGGCUAUAGUGAAGAAGGUUGAGCCAAGCAUUGCAAGCGGUGAGGCAGCGAAAGACGGUGUCCUAGAGGGAAGUAUUCUCUUUGGCAGCACCGUGGAUCGUGCCGAGUCAUUAACGGGGCUUCUUGGCUCUUAUCAAGCAGAUGAUUCAGGAACAGCUGGCCUUUUUUUGGCUAAUUCGGGUUGGGGGCAAAUGGAUACUUCCUUAAAAUGUGGUGAGGACCAGAUGCAACUCAAAGCCAUGGGACCUGGAUCCUCUUACUUCAUGCUUGACAUGGGGGGUGAUGCUCCCAUGGUGCCAAACCAGGUUAAACCACAAUGUGGCUACUCCAUGAAAUACAACUCUUUGGGUCUUGUGUUGAUGGUUCCUUACAACGGCUGUCAUAUGACGCAAGAUAAUGGAUUUUAUAUACUGCCAAUGCAGUGGAAGGGGACACAAGUCAAACUCUGUUGCCCCAUUAGGUCAAGUCCUGAAACUACACUUGGCCAUGUUCAUCCUACAGCACCACCUACCAAAUCUCAUGAAGAAGCCGCUCCACAGACAGAUACGCCAAAGCAGCCUACAGUCCACCAGCAGCAAAUCAUGGAUCAUCCUUUGAAUCAAAACCCAAACUACCAUCAAUAUCUUAACUGGAUUCAUAUGAUGCAGAAGCAAACCGUGACCGUUCCCCCGCAGCAGCACGUGACCGUUCCCCCGCAGCAGCACGUGACCGUUCCCCCGCAACAGGAGGCUGUUCAGCAGCAGCAGCAUAUGGCUGUUCCCCCUUGGUAUCAGUGGUGGCAGCAGCAGCAGCACGUGACCGUUCCCCCGCAGCAGCACGUGACCGUUCCCCCGCAGCAGCACGUGACCGUUCCCCCGCAACAGGAGGCUGUUCAGCAGCAGCAGCAUAUGGCUGUUCCCCCUUGGUAUCAGUGGUGGCAGCAGCAGCAGCACGUGACCGUUCCCCCGCAGCAGCACGUGACCGUUCCCCCGCAGCAGCACGUGACCGUUCCCCCGCAGCAGUACGUGACCGUUCCCCCGCAGCAGCACGUGACCGUUCCCCCGCAACAGGAGGCUGUUCAGCAGCAGCAGCAUAUGGCUGUUCCCCCUUGGUAUCAGUGGUGGUGGCAGCAGCAGCAGCACGUGGCUGUUCCCCCGCAGCACGUGGCUGUUCCCCCGCAGCACGUGGCUGUUCCCCCACAACAGGAGGCUGUGCAGCAUCAGCACGUGGCUGUUCCCCCGUUUCAUCAGUGGUGGCAGCAGCAGCACGUGACCGUUCCCCCGCAGCAGCACGUGACCGUUCCCCCGCAGCAGCACGUGACCGUUCCCCCGCAACAGGAGGCUGUUCAGCAGCAGCAGCAUAUGGCUGUUCCCCCUUGGUAUCAGUGGUGGCAGCAGCACGUGGCUGUUCCCCCGCAGCACGUGGCUGUUCCCCCGCAGCACGUGGCUGUUCCCCCGCAGCACGUGGCUGUUCCCCCGCAACAUCAGUGGUGGUGGCAGCAGCAGCACGUGGCUGCUCCCCCUCAGCACGUGGCUGCUCCCCCUCAGCACGUGGCUGUUCCCCCGCAGCACGUGGCUGUUCCCCCGCAACAUCAGUGGUGGUGGCAGCAGCAGGACGUGGCUGUUCCCCCGAAGCACCACCACCACGUGGCGGAUCCCCCGAAGCACCACCACCACCACGUGGCGGAUCCCCCGAAGCACCACCACCACCACGUGGCGGAUCCCCCGAAGCACCACCACCACCACGUGGCGGAUCCCCCGAAGCACCACCACCACCACGUGGCGGAUCCCCCGAAGCACCACCACCACCACGUGGCGGAUCCCCCGAAGCACCACCACCACCACGUGGCGGAUCCCCCGAAGCACCACCACCACGUGGCGGAUCCCCCGAAGCACCGCCACGUGGUGGUUCCCCCGAAGAAGCACCACCACCACCACGUGGCGGUUCCCCCGAAGCAGCAGCAGCAGCAGCAGCAGCAGCAGCAGCACCACCAUGUGGCGGAUCCCCCGAAGCAGCAGCAGCAGCAGCAGCAGCAGCACCACCACCAUGUGGCGGAUCCCCUGAAGCAGCAGCACCACCACCACGUGGCGGUUCCCCCGAAGAAGCACCACCACCACGUGGCGGUUCCCCCGCAGCAGCAGCAGCAGCAGCAGCAGCAGCAGCAGCAGCAGCAGCAGCACCACCACCACCACGUGGCGGAUCCCCCGAAGAAGCACCACCACCACCACGUGGCGGAUCCCCCGCAGCACGUGGCUGUUCCCCCGCAACAUCAGUGGUGGUGGCAGCAACAGGACGUGGCUGUUCCCCCGAAGCACCACCACCACGUGGCGGAUCCCCCGAAGAAGCACCACCACGUGGCGGAUCCCCCGAAGCACCACCACCACCACCACGUGGCGGUUCCCCCGAAGAAGCACCACCACCACCACCACGUGGCGGUUCCCCCGAAGAAGCACCACCACCACGUGGCGGUUCAGCAGCAGCAGCAGCAGCAGCAGCAGCAGCAGCAGCAGCAGCAGCAGCAGCAGCAGCAGCAGCAGCAGCAGCACCACCACCACGUGGCGGAUCCCCUGAAGCAGCAGCAGCACCACCACCACGUGGCGGAUCCCCUGAAGCAGCAGCAGCACCACCAUCACGUGGCGGAUCCCCUGAAGCCAGCUGAUACGUUUGUCAAUUACAAAGAUCUUCCUUUUGCAGCAUCUCUCGUUUACCGACGUCCAGUCGAUUCCCCAAAAACAAGGUCUGGAGACUCCCCGGGAGUAUAUCCCUAUGCUGCAUCCAACUAUUGGGAUGCCGCCGAUUGGUUAUCCUUCUACCUUAAGCAAGGGCAACCUCCUGGACGGCCCUGAUCUAAGUAAAGCCUUAUUCAUGAAUUACGUUUUAAGUCAUCCAUUUUUAAGAAUUUACAUUUCUUUACUUUCUUUCAGGGGUUCCCUUUAUUGUGACUCAAUAAAAAGGAUUUUGACUAAAACCGUAGUUGGCAGUUUUCCUAUAUGUGUAACACGUGUAAAGAUGAACUGUAAUGACCAACGCAUUGAGCAGCUAAUCCUUUAUUUAAUCUUCAGAUUGAA